GCGGGCUGCGGCGCGGCGGCGGCGCCGGCCAGCGCGGCGGCGGCCGCGGAGGCCUGGGCUGCGCGCGCCCCGGUGGUGGCCCACGGACCGUGGAACCCGACCUGUCGCCCGCCCUCACGCGGGGGCUCGGCGCCGUGGAGGCAGCGCUGCGGCUGUUCGGGCACGGCCAGGUCUUCGCAGCCUUCAACGGCGGCAAGGACGCGGUGGCAGCGCUGCACCUGUACAGGGCCGCCCUGGCCAGGCACUUCCAGGAGCGGGGGACGCCGAUGAUGCGGCCGCGGGUGCUGGUCCUGGCAGUCCAGGACGACUUCGGCGAGGUGCAGGAGCUGAUCCGCCACACGGUGGCCCGGUACGAGCUGCAGGCGGUCACGCUCGAGGGCGGGCUCAUCGCGGGCCUGGCUGACUGCGUGCGGGACCACGCGCUCGCGCGGUCGGCGUCGGCGACGGCCGCCGCGGGGUCCAGCGCUGCCGAGGCCGAAGGGCUGCCCCUCGCAUGGGUCAUGGGCACUCGCGAGGGAGACCCACAUGGGUCGGACCUCGAGACGUUCUCUCCGACGAGCGAGUGGAUGCCGCCGGGCAUGCGGGUGAACCCGAUCUUGCGGUGGGACUACGGGCAGGUUUGGUCUUUCCUCCGGGGCUUCGAGCUGCCUUACUGCUCGCUGUACGACUUCGGCUACACCUCGAUAGGCAGCGUCGGCGACACGUUCCCUAACCCCUUCUUGCGGUCCAACUCUAGCGCCACAGUCGCUUCGCAGCCUCUCUGUUCCUGGCCCCCCGGUCUUCUUGGACUUCCACCUCCCCCUCCUCAUCCUGAGCUUCGUCUGGAUGUCUCUGGAUGCACAUACAGACGCUGCCACCUAACAGCGUCUCAGCAUGAAGGGCCUUGCGCCUCUUGCUGCCGAUGUCAACCUUCUGCUCCAAAUCGGGGAAACGUGAGACUCGUACGCCGGAGCUCGGGCUUGCCGACGCAGCUUGACGAGCGCGUCCUGGAUUUUGAGAGUCCAGUCUUCGUAGGAUGUCUGCGGCGGGCGCUCGCGUCAAGUUUCAGAGUGGGUCGCGCCAUUCUCUUGAUGGCCCCGUCAGGCCCGCCCGAGUCCCCCGAACCCGAGUCUCAUGUCUCCCCAGCCAAGCGCUUCCUCCCCCCCGCUCCCCCAGCGAAGCGGCCGUGGCUGCAGCGCCCCUCCGGGGUACCUGCCGGCCUACCUGCUGCCGCGGGAGCACUGGGGCCAGGAGAGCGGGCUGGCCGCUCGCCGGGCAGGCCGAGCGCGCCGGCGCGGGCGGAGGUCGCGGCCGCCGGGCGCGAGCUGUGAGGCAGCGAUCGCGAGCGCAGACCUCCUCGGGUCAUGAAAACAGAUCAAGGAAUCCCGUUCUGUUUAAUGCUCUGAGCGUUCCACCCUCCAUCGCUCUCCUCCACGGCCACACUUCUCCCGCCCCUGCAGAUUUGGUGCGGCGGC